GAGAGAGAGAGAGACUGGGCAAAGGAGAUACUCAUCUGUUCAGGAAGAUAUUUAAAAUAUAUAUCUGCAGACAUUCAUAAUUGUAACCUUUCUCGUUAACACGGCGGCUAGAGGAUUGUACUGUCGCAGAGAUGAAGUGAGCAAAACGACCUUGGGUUUUUAUUUCUAGGUUUGGUAUCAUGCAAUAAGAGGGGCUGCCGUGUGGUUCCUGAUUCAGCUAUCCCAUGCCCACAGUGCCAGAUUGAGGUGCUCUCUCAGGGGCCUCUCUCGCUCCCCCGGUGCCCAGAGCCAUGGAGCACACGCGGGAGAAGGAGAGCGAGCGGACGACGCGCAACACUAAGACCGCUCAGAGCCGGGGCACACACUCCCGCCCAUCUGGCUCUGGCUCGUCUGGUGUGCUGAUGGUUGGCCCAAAUUUCCGUGUGGGAAAGAAGAUCGGAUGUGGAAACUUUGGGGAGCUGAAGCUUGGUAAGAACCUUUACACCAAUGAGUAUGUCGCAAUAAAACUGGAACCUGUGAAGUCAAGGGCGCCCCAGCUGCAUCUCGAGUAUCGCUUUUAUAAAACCCUCGGCAGCACAGUGGAAGGUUUACCACAGGUAUACUACUUUGGCCCUUGUGGAAAAUAUAAUGCAAUGGUUCUGGAGCUGCUAGGUCCCAGUCUGGAGGACUUGUUUGACCUGUGUGACCGAACAUUCUCCUUAAAGACGGUCCUCAUGAUUGCAAUUCAGCUGAUAACUCGAAUGGAAUAUGUUCACUCAAAAAACCUCAUCUACCGGGACGUCAAACCAGAGAACUUUCUGAUUGGGCGUCAGGGCAGUAAAAAGGAGCACAUCAUUCACAUAAUUGACUUUGGUCUUGCAAAAGAAUACAUCGACCCAGAGACAAAAAAACACAUACCUUACAGAGAACACAAGAGCCUGACUGGCACAGCGCGUUACAUGUCCAUCAACACACAUCUGGGAAAAGAGCAAAGUAGGCGGGAUGAUCUGGAAGCACUCGGCCACAUGGUUAUGUACUUUUUGCGGGGUAGUCUGCCAUGGCAGGGGCUGAAGGCAGACACAUUGAAAGAACGUUAUCAGAAAAUCGGUGACACCAAACGAAACACUCCCAUUGAGGUUCUCUGUGAGAACUUUCCAGAGGAGAUGGCUACAUAUUUGCGCUAUGUACGACGGUUAGAUUUCUUUGAGAAGCCUGAUUAUGAGUAUCUAAGGACUCUCUUCACUGAAUUAUUUGAAAGGAAAGGAUAUACAUUCGACUACACGUACGACUGGGUCGGCAGACAGAUUCCGACACCGGUCGGGUCAGUUCAUGUGGAUUCAGGAGCCUCAGCUAUUACUAGAGAAUCUCACGCAAACCGAGAAAGACCUUCACAACAUCAGCCACUGCGGAACCAGGCGGUCAGCUCGGAGCACAGGGGAGCAUGGGACACGCAGCCUCAUCGGCACACCAACCUGUCUUACCUGAGCUCAUAUAUGGCUUCUGAUCGGCAUGGGGGCUCUGCACAGGUGAUCAGCUCAACCAACGGGGAGCUGAAUGCAGACGACCCUCUGGUGCCCCCAUCUAACGCGGCAAUAACAACGCAAGCGGAAGUGGACGUAGUGGAUGAGGCCAAGUGCUGCUGCUUCUUCAAGCGUAAAAGGAAGAAGAGUUCCCCGAGGCACAAAUGAGCCGAAAUAUCCCUCUGCUUAUUUUCACUGCACUGCUGAUGUGAGCCUCUCCAUGGAGACACAUUUACAGCUGGAAAUUUUCAAGGCCAAUACAUACAGUACAUACGGCGGCCGUGCAAGAAUGUUAAGCUUCUUAACAGUCCAGGGGCACCCGGACAGGACUGUCGGCCCUUUGCACUCUCUUAAUUUGCCUCUUCAUCCUGAUAUUCCUUUAUUUAUGUAUUUUAAUGUUUUUACAGAUGUCUGUCCCUAUGAACAGCCAGUCAGUAUAGGACAGUCACCCUACAUUACUUCCUGAAGGGUUGUAUUUUGCUAUGGACCUUUUAACUUUUCUCAAAUGUUCAACCCUUUCAGGGACCUUUCUUGUUCUUGUGCUUGGCCUAUUUUUUUAUAUAUUUGCUUUUAUUUUAUCUAUUUUCCCCCAUGCUUUUGGCCAUUUAUUGCCUGGUGUUAUCUGGACUCAAUAGCACAGCUUCCACUUUGCUGCAGUUUUCUUCAACAGGUUCUGUGCAGUUUCAAUAUAAAUGUCCAUUUACUGUAUGCAUCCUGCCUUACUUGCACCCAUAAACAAACAAGCACUGUGUCGUCACAAAGUAGCUUGUUUAACGCAACGUUCCAAACUCUACCACACAAUAACAGGCACAGUAAAAUGAAUGUGUUACACUGGAGACAAAUAUUAUUGCAUGUAAAAGUGCAAUGCAUACGUCAGUAUGUAUAACACGUUUAAAUUGUUAAAGGGGUUUUUCACAGAUGACCGGUUUACGAAGGAUCGAAGGAAGACCAAAAUCUAAAAAAAAAUAAUAAUAAAUGAUUCAAUAUAUUGAAGUAUUUAUCCUGAAGGUAUUUGUGGCAUGUAAAAUGUUUGAUUAGGUAAGCAAAAGCCAUAUUUCAUUGAACUGUGUAUUUAAUCAUAUUGUAGUUUGCAUGAUCCAAAUCCAUGGCGUCUCUUAACACAUUUACAGCAGGGGUGUAAACGAGAAAGCCCAAAUCAGUACCACUCGUUUUAGCUUCAGCUUGCUGAGUGCAUUGGCUAUGUGCAGUUGUAUAGAAAUGUUCAGCUUUGAAUGUGCAAUAUCCAUUUUCAAAGUCUUACAGGUUAGAAUUCUCUAUCACCACUAAGUUUUUUUUUUUUUUUUUUCUGUUUUUUUUUUUUGUUUUUUUUCUCCUUACUUUCGUCUUAUUUGUGUGUUAUAUUUUCUAAUGGAAGAUAAACAAGACUGUUUCCCCACAGAUGAGGCCAAUAGAUUGAUCUUUACAGUAAAUUUCUGUAUAUUGAUGGUUUCUGUAACAUCUGCUAGUGCAGUAAGGAGGAAAGUAUCGCUCUUUUACAUUGUCUGUUCUUUUCUCUCAUGUCCCUUACUGAUGAUGCUGUGUAAUGCCUUAAGUAAAGAGGUGUAGUCACACUAGUCAGAUUAUUGCAAUUUUUAUACCUAGGUACACAUGUAAGAUUGUUAACUUUAAUUCUUAAAUGAAAGCUGAGAUGGACUGCAAGCCUGUCCUACCUUGACAUGUGAUUUACCUGAAACUAAUUAUACUCAGUCGUGAUUGGAUGUAAAGAGUGUUUGGCUUAAUGCCCAAGAUGCCUGGUGCUGCAUCUUGAGUAAACAGUGUUUCCACUUUGACAUACUCACGUGUUAAAGAGAAAGCUAAAUUAACGUUUCUUUUUAAAUGGAUCAUGUUCUGAGUUAGUACGUCAAUUUGGGUUAUACUUCUGCUUGGCUUCUGUUUGAGUGAAUGUUGUAAUCUUUAUCUGUAAUCUAACAAGCAGCUGCCUGUUUAUAGCAUUAAUUCUACUGCAGAACUUUUGUACUGUAACUGGUUCUUAUGUUUGUUGUUUUUUUGUUUUUCAAUAUGGAUAAAUAAUUGCAGCCUAAAUGACGCCCAUUUCUCAGAUUUUGCCUUGAAACAAAAAAAAUUAACAUUUAUUUUGUAUUUAAUGAACCAUGCCUCAAAUGGGAAAUUUUAUGCGUGUGUUUCUGUGCAUUUACAGUGCAUAUGAGUGUAUGUGGUAACUUUAUUUUGUAAUUUUAUUGAUUGUGAAUAUAUUUGUGAAUAUUUUUAUUUCAUUUAUUCUGAGAACACUAAGGUCUGCACGGCACCUCCUGGUGGGGUGAAUAACUUGAUCUGUGCUUUUCUCCUAAAUUAGCCAUCAUGUUCGCUUAUUUGGUCUUGUAUAGUUGCUCCUGAAACUGAUUGUACACUGUUGUGUUCAGAAUUUGUUUUAGAUCAUAUUAUUAUAAAUAGAAGCUUUUAUCUUUACAUUUGACCUUGAUUUCUGUGUUUUUGUGGAGUGAAAGGCAAAGUUACAGUCAUACUACUGUAAUCCUGUGUGCCAGAAGUUGGUAUCCGCUUUGAUUAACUCAAACACUGGUUCACUCGGGCAUUGGGGAAAACUUAAAUUGUGGGAGACUUGUAGUCUUUUCUUUCUCCGGCUCUGGUUCAAGCAUCAUCUACUUCUAUCAUGAUUUGUGUCUCGUCAACAAUUCCACGCUCGUUUCCUUUUCCUGUGUAAUUCCUGAGCGCAUUGAGAGAUUGUGCUCACAUACCCACAUGCCCUGCAGAAACAAGGGCAUGUUUAGAGAAUUAAUUCCUUUUCUCAAAGCUACAAUCGUAAAACAUGCGAUCCGAUUCCCUGUUUACACAUUAUGCCUUAUUUUAAAGGUGCUGUUUAUGGAACAAGUAUAAAAGAAUAAAAUAAUUUUAUAAUUAGAUCAUGUUAAAAUUGAUUAUUUCAGAUUAAGCUUGAGAGAGGCACAUUCCCUUGUUUAAUCUCCCAACCACAGAUAUGAUGGGACUAAAACCACUAAUUAAAUCACAUUGAGAUCAGUCAGGAUCGGUUGUAAAUUAUGUAAAAUAUUUAAUUGUUUGAUGGUCUGUUACAGAGAUUGAUUUUAUUUUCUGCCUGGUUUUAGCUGCAUAAGGCAAGCCUACACAAAUACAUGAAAGCUAAGGAAAGUUAAAGAAAGGUGAUUUUCACAAUUUUCUUUCCCUCAUUAUUGUAUCCUUAUCUUGGACUUAAUGCUGUUGAUGAGGAUUGCUAACUGGAAGCUUUGUUCAUGUAAAGUGGUCUCGGGGCUUAAUGUGCAUCUGGAUAAAGUGGGACUCCAAAAUGUAUUAUUAAUAUUGUGUGUUAAAAUGUUGAAUGUCGUUUCCAAAUUUUAUCUUUGUUUUAACUGUGCUAAAGGGCUCCAGUUGUGAAGAAUCAAUUAGUUUUUGACGUUUGGGGAAGUUUUGUGUUUAGACAGACAGGCAGCCUCUCUGUGUAAUGGCCAUUGUUCAGAGGCAUUGAUAAACACUUUUUAUUCCUUCAACCCGAAAGGGUAGCUCACGUUUGGACCCUUUUUUAAUGUUAAAUAAAAAAAAGAUCCCUCUCUUACCCUUCAA